UAUUGCAGACGUGUGCUAGUUGAUUCUGGAGAAGCAAAGACAGCCGGUGAUUAUAUAAAACUCUUGGACAGUGUAUUAAACGAAGAGAAUGCGACUAUUGAGCAUUUGGUGGUCACACAUUGGCAUCACGAUCACAUUGGAGGAGUGGAGCCCGUGCGAAACUUGCUAAGGAGAUUGUUUCCCACGGAAAAGCAGCCAAUUGUGUGGAAAUUGCCACGAUCGCCGAAUGAUACGAACAGCUCGGAUGAUGAGAAAUCAAUUCAAUGGAAACCUCUGAAGAAUGAUCAAGUUGUGGAGGUCGAAGGAGCGAAGCUUCAAAUAAAAUACACGCCAGGGCACACCAGCGAUCAUGCAUGUCUGUUGCUGCAGGACGAGAAUAUUUUGUUCAGCGGCGAUUGCAUCCUCGGGGAAAGUACGACAGUCUUCGAAGAUCUUCACGAUUACAUGUUGUCGCUAAAUAAAAUUCUAGAGUUGCGGCCCAAGAUAAUUUAUCCAGGUCACGGGCCAGUUCUUAACGAUCCUCUGCCACAUAUACAGUAUUACAUUAAGCACAGACAGCAGAGGGAGGAGAAUAUUUUACAGAUGCUGCAACAACAGGGAAAUGAUAAAUCGAUGACGGAGAUGGACAUUGUUAAGCUGAUAUACAAGGAUACCCCAGAGAAAUUGUGGCUAGCUGCAGCAUUUACUGUGGGACAUCAUCUUCGCAAGCUAGAGAAAGAGGGGAAAGUGUUGCAAGAAGAAGAAGGUGGCUGGCGGAGAAUUAGAGGUAAAAUGUAGAUAGGUGUACCAUGUGAAAAAC